GAUGGCGCAGCCCGCGGAGGUCUCGGGCCACACAGCGACCGCCAGCGCCAGCAUGGACAACAACGUCCUGGCCAUCGUCAUCGCCGCCACGGUGUCCACCUCCGUCUUCAUCGUGGCGAUCCUUAUCCUGCUGCUGCUCUUGUACCACCGCGACCCCAUGUGCUGCCAAUUCCUCUGCUCCUGCCGCCUGUUCCAGACCCCCAGCCAGUAUGACCACCCCCCGUCCUACUUCAGCAGCAGCCAGCAGCUGGUGGGACCCCAGCGUGGAGCCUCACGGCUGGAGAGCACUGCUGAGAACCCCGGCAUGCAGGGAGACGAGCUCUUCUGUGUCGGACCCCCCAGCACAUACCAGCUCCCAUCCUGGGAGCAGCCCCGCCUGCCCAGCUAUGAGAGCGUGCGGAAGAAAGAUCGCCAGCGGGAAAUCCAUCAGAUGAUUGCUGACAGGUUUGGGCUGUGGGCAGAGUCAUCCCAGGAGAUGCCACCUCCUUAUGAGCAUGCUCUGAGGCAUCCUCCAGCUUUCUCAGGAACAGGAAUAAGCUCAGAGACCUUGGACAGACACGGUGUUCCACACCCUUUCCAUGCCCCCCUCACCUACCAGACUCAGCGGAACACUGCAGUGUAAGGCCUUGGCCUCAGUGUACUGCUGCUUCCGUGCUGUCAGCAACAGAAGUGCCUGGGAUACCAUUUUCCUCUACAGCGAAUAGCCAAACCUUCACCCAGAUCCACAAUCAGCUGAAACAUAGGCAAGACCAACCCAGCCAUCAGUGACAUCCCUCUUGCAGCACAAGAACAACCACAAAGCCAUUGCUGGGUACUGUGCUGAGCAGAGGAACCAGGGACAUCUGCUCACUCUGGCAAACACCAAAGGCAAAGGUCUAUCUGCUGGGAGCUGCGCAGGGCAAAGCCAAGGGGAAGAUCUGCUAGGCCCGAGCUCCUCAGGAGCAGCAUUUCAGAUCUCUGAGAGGCAGCACUGCUGGCUGUACAAAAGAUCAGACCUCAGGCACUGGUGGUAUUGUGCUGCUUUACCUGUUUCUUAGGUUAUCAAGUGUUUUACUGUAUCUGUAUUGCCUGCCAGGUGGAAAUCCUCACCUGUGAGUGACAGAAGGGAUGUGCUUUGGAGCACUGCUACGUGCUCUGGCACCAACGGCCUCUGUGACUGACAGCGGUUCUGUACAGAGCCCGUACACGGAUCUGGAGAGGCUCCAUGGGUUAUACCCAAAUAUGAACCAAGGGACUGGAGUUGCAGGCUGGAAAAGGACAGAUGCAUGGACUGAACAGCUGGAGGUCUACAUGAAGACUGUGAAACACAGGUGGACAUGUGUGGCUGACCCAGUUCACUUGGUCUUCUGCAGAGCAGAAGAAUUGUCUCAAUGAUGUCAACACCAGUGUCCUUACACUACUGUUUUUGAUAACCUGUUUUCUACUGCAGAGUCAAUGUUUCAAAUUGUUUACAAAUCUGUAGAUAAAAUGAGAUCAGUCUGGGCA